UCUAGCAUCCUUGCUUGUUCUGCCCAGUCAUUAGCGGACAUUGGAAACGACAGGCUGUGGUCUAUCUUGGGUUAGGUAUACAUUUUGGGGGGAAAUAACAUAAAAAACUGUUAAUAUGAUAACGGAUGUGGAUAGUUGUGUACCUAUAGUAGGCUAGGGUAUUAUAAAUAUUAGGAAUAUGCUACUUUCAUGGAUAUGAUGAUGAAUGUAGGAAUAAUGAUGAGGAUGAAUCAGUUUGUUAGGUCACAACGUAGGGUACAUUAAAAGUCAUACAUUUAUUUUCUAUGGAUGCAGGAUUUAGAAAAAAUCUCACUUUUUUGAACGAGGCUUUCUGGCUGCAGACGACAACUGGUGCCUAGAAUUGCUCCAAGCCUUGCCUACUUCAUGUAAAGUAAUGUGGUGAUUGAAUAGUCUCAUCUUAUUUAAUUGGGAAACUGAUGCUGAACACGCACAUCGUUUGGAAGCUGUUGAAAAAAAUGAUGCUUGUAAAAAGCGAAUGACAUCACUUUCUCUGUGCAAGGUAGCCUACAGUCGACUAUUUUGACAUUCAUUUUAGAUAUCUGUUUAUUGCGCACGCAUGCGCUUCAACCUGCGGCAUUUCGGUGUUUCACUUAUCAAUUUUUUUCUCUGCUCUUGAAUGUAUCGGCAAGCCUCUGCGGUCAAAUCGUCCCCGCCCCCCGGGUUCAAGAGAUUGGAGCUCCUAAAAGCGGGAUCCCCAUUCGCCUUGGCUCCAGACCAGAUGAUCUGAAGCUCUGUUGGGGACCAGAAAAGAAAGGGGUAGCCUACUGGAAGCUUUGACUUGAUUCUGCCAUGUCCAGACAGCAGCAUGUUCUCUCCCGAUUUGGAAACGGAUACCACUGCGGAAGACACAGCGCCCAACACCCCCAAUGAUGGAGAGGAUGCACCGGCCAGCAUUGAUGUACUGGAGGAGCAGCGGCCUGUGAAGCAGUCACUGAGUGCCUGUAUGUGUCGAGAGUCCCACUGGCGCUGCCUUCUCCUCUCCCUACUCAUGUACAGCUGCCUUGGCACUGUGGCUUGGUGCCAGCUCACUCGAGUCACAAAGCUCAGCUUCGACUCAUCCGUCACCUCCCUGACAGCCUCCAUUUCCUCACUCAGAGAGGUUGGCAUGGGAGGCCGCUCUAUGAUUUACCAUGACAGCCCCUGCUCUGACGGCUACGUGUACAUCCCUCUGGCCUUCCUGUUCAUGCUCUAUGUCGUCUACCUGGUAGAGUGUUGGCACUGCCAGGCUUGCAGUGAGCUACAGUGUAAGGCUGAUGUGGAUAGCGUAUAUGAGCGGGUAUUGCGGAUGCGACAGGCUCGUCCGUGUGUUUGGUGGAAGGCCAUAAGUUACCAUUUUGUUCGGAGGACCAGACAGGUGACCCGCUACCGGAACGGGGAUGCCUACACCACCACCCAGGUCUACCAUGAGCGGGUCAACACAAACGUGAGGGAGGGAGAGUUUGACUACAGUCGCUGUGGUAUGCGGGACGUCUCACGGGAUCUACGUGGACUGGAGAGCCACCCGGCGACAAGACUUCGUUUCACCAAGUGCUUCAGUUUCGCUGGGGCCGGACCAGAAAAUAAUUACCUCAACCAACGUGCCAGGUUCUUCUCAGAGAUUGAGGGUUUGGAUGACUAUAUGGAGGCUCGGGAAGGGAUGCAACUGAAAAACGUGGACUUUAAAGAGCACCUGAUAGCCUACGUGGACCCUGACCGGUUGCCCUGGUAUACUUCUCAGGUGGCGUUCUGGUUCACUGCUCUGCUCAUGCUCUCCUGGCCCCUGAGGGUGCUUAUAGAGUACCGUACAGCCUUUGUGCACUACCAUGUUGAGAAGCUCUUUGGGCUGGAGUACAGCCACAGCAGCCCCUCUCCAACAGAGGAAGAGGUUCCCAUCAGGAGUGGUCUCCCUCGGGUAGAUACCGUGGACAGCACUGAGCUGGAGUGGCACAUCCGCUCCAACCACCAGUUGAUCCCCAGCUACUCAGAAGCCAUGCUGAUGAACAUGGGGGCUUCGGAUUCUGGUACAGCUGAUGACACCAGGUCCUCUAACUGCUUCCUGCUAGACAGCCACCCAGCCCAGAGCUAUAGCACGCUGGUGCAUGACUGUGAGCACUGCCGCCAGCAUCAGGGAGAGGUUGGACAGAGGCGGGCCACCACCAGCUCCAGCUGUUCCUCCAUCUUCUCCCAUCAUGCCUUUCACUCCCGCCUCUCCCUGGACACCUCACAUUUCUCACUGUGCCGGAUGUAUGGCUCUCGGCGCACCGUAGGCCUGUGGAGGAGCCGCAGCAGCACACUGACUGACCGCCGCUGCGUGGAUGAGCAGUGUUGCCGUUCCUACUCCAGCCAGCUGGCUCUCAACGAGAGCCCGCCCACUUACCGGGACGCACGCUUCUUCCCCGUCCUCAUUGUGCACCGACCCGAGGGCUGCGGUAGUGGUGACUCCACCACAGAGGUGCGGCGCUAUUAUGUCCGCCGGGGGUCCUGCUGCCUGGAGACCUCACUCUGAGGGACCAAGAGACAUUUGACUGAUUCAGUAACAAUAUAUUCCAAAUGAGAAGUUAUGAGAGUCCAAGAGCAUACAAAGACUGUUCUGUUGACAGCACUGAAAUUGUGUUACUCACUGGCUCUGUGCUGUAUGCUCAGAUUCAUAUAGAGGCUGCAUAGUUCUCAGUCUCUUGUGCACGUUGGAUCUGUAUUGGUAUUAUCUCCUGCUGCAGACAUGAUUGUGAGUCAAACUAAAAGAGCUGGAUUUGAAUGUUGGAUUCAGCGAUAACCAGCUCUCAGUGCGGUGGAUAUGGCAUUAUGUCAUCGUGUAAAGUUGCCCUUUUCUGUUUAAAAAAAGGACAUUUGUAUUGUCUUCUUCUUGAUGGGCCACAUGUUUAUUACUGUUACCCUGUUUAGUCAUCAUUGCCAAUUUGAAAAUGCCUUCAUUGACACAUUCUAAGUGUGUUUUCACACUUGGUCCCUUUCAGCCAAUUUUUUUGUGCAGUGUGAACUCUCCAAAGGAACUCAGAACCCUCAAAAGAGUCCCCGAAGUGAACCGAACUGAGACCUGAGACCAUCUCGAGAGAUUCCCUUUUUUAGGGCAAUGUGAACACAAGCUCCCCAGGUUCGCUUGUCAUUAUUCACGCACCACACACUAGACCACUGCAACACCAUUUCCCCUGACAUAACCCCUCACAUUGGUGCCACAAAAGAGAGAUGAUGUGCAGGUUUGUGGAAAACAAUGUGUGCUGUUUUUGGAUAUUGAUUAGCGAUUGUCAAGGAUGUACAGACAUUCCAAAAUAUGUGUGGAGUUUUUAGUUCAGAUUAUUUGUUUGCAAUUUGUGAUCUAUAGGCUAAGGAAGAGUUGUUUAUUCGAUUGUGAGGUUUGAACAGUAUGAGAAGGCAACAACCUAUUUGGUGAGAAUCACAACAUAGGAGCUAGAAUUGAUUAUGGACCCAAAAAGAGUAGUAGCCUUGGGUGUUCAAUUUUCAAUUACAGCCUUAUCUCCAGUUAUUCUUCUGCUAUUUAUUAUGUUACCAAUAAUAUGAACAUGUUAAUACCUUCUGAUUAUUAUUAUUAUUGUCUCAUCUUUUAACAAAAUGAAAUAUAUUAGCUUCCAAAAUGUAAGUAGGUGUGACUAGCUGUCCAAUAACAUUGAUGGAAUGGCUUGUCCUGUACUUUGUAAAAACCCAGAGUGCAUUGAGUGAAUGUUGAAAAAAAGAUUUUGGUUCCUUUCUCAGCAAUGUGAAAGCAAAGAUGACUCGGACCACAAAAUAGGGGAAGUGAACUGGCAAAAGUGUUGAGUCCUCAUUUAAAGGCAAGGGCAAUGUGAAUACAAAGAUAACUGAGUUCUUUAGAUUUUUUAUUUAUUUUUUACCCUAGAGUUCACUUUAAAGAGGACUGAGAUUGGUUAUUUUCAAGAGGACUAUGUGAAAACACCCUAAAACAACACCAAAGUCACAGAAAAUCAAACUGCCUGAUCUACAUUGAAUAGAAUAUUGAAAAGUUCUGUUUUCUUUGCUUUUGCAUGUUUCUAAUGGAACAAACUUUAUCUGUGUCAAGUAAGUGAAAGUAGCAUACUAUGUACACUACCGUCCAAAAGUUUGGGGUCACAUAGAAAUGUCCUUGUUUUCGAAAGAAAAGUUUUUUUUUUUUUUGUCCAUUAAAAUAACAUCAAAUUGAUCAGAAAUACAGUGUAGA